GGAACUUCUGGGUUCCCACUUUUCCGCUAAACCCCGAUCGACGGGGAACACAAACACGAAGAGAGAGAGAGGAUGAAAAAAUGCAACUACUCAUCUGGUCUAGUCUGCGACUCAACUACUACCGUUCUUUGCUCAACCUCAUGUUCAAUUCUGCAUAUUAGAAAGCCAUCUUCCUCUCGUUACCCGCUUUACAUCCACCCAAUCACUGACUGCUGCCUCCACUCUCCUUACCUACAUACCUACCUGUACCAACAACCGCUUACACCUUCUCGGCCCUCGUCCACCAGCUGCAUCAACGCCACCCCUCCCUCCUUGUCUCGCAUAUACCCAGCCCACCACCGCGCACUGCUCGGGAGUUCCCCCAUAGGGUCUAGCCUCUGCUGUCGAAUCUUAGCCAGUGGACAAAAGAGGACAGUCUCACGGCAGAAAAGAGAAGACUUGGCCCAGCCUUCGGACCGAGGUCGCACUUGUCGUGUCUCCGACUUCCGACCUCAAUCUCAACCUUUCGAUCCAGCCAUGGCCCCCACUUCUGUCCCGACUCCUUAUGACUUUCCAAGACUAAGAGUUUCGGUCCAUCUUGAAGAUGACACCAGAUACCUGGCUCAAGAUGACCCUGUGCCCGAGUUCUUCGACGUCAAAUUUUGUCCGUACCAACCUUUGGAUGCGAGCCCCAUUUUCGCUGCCGUCAGCAAGAAGCAUAUAGUCGUUUGUCGCCUGACAGCAACCGCCGAUGACUCCAAUCCUUGUGAGAUCAUCAGCAUAAUUCGGGAUGACGAUGCCGAGGCUAGAAACUACUAUUGCACUUGGACCCGAGAUGCCGAGACAGGAAAGCCACUGCUGUGCUACGGCGGUGAGGAUGCCAAAAUCAAGAUUUACGACAUCGUUGAGAGCAAGCUCGUCAACUGUCUAGUUGGCCACGGAGGAGAUGUUUGCGAUGUGGUCACGUCGCCCAUUGACCCCCUGAUUAUCGCCUCUUGUUCCGACGACACUACGGUCCGGAUAUGGAGCCUGGAUCCAAAGCAUGAAAAGCAGCCAUGUCUGUGUAUCCUUGGAGGCGAGGGCCACUACUGGAACUUGCUCACACUGGCCUGGCAUGACACAGGUCGUUAUAUCCUCUCUGCUGGUCACGAUCAAAUAAUCAACCUGUGGACGGUGCCAGACCUCCCAACUGAGCCGAGUGACCGUCCAGUCGAGGUUCACUACCCUCACUUCUCUACAUCAGAGGUUCACAGCAGUCUCGUAGACUGUGUUUCUUUCUUCGGUGACUACAUCCUCUCCCGAGCAUGCCACGACGAUGUCAUCGUCCUGUGGAAGAUCGAAGGCUUCUCGUCCCAGGAUCCGCCCCUGCCACAAUCCAUGGCCCCGACCACAAUCAAUCCAGCCAACCUUACUCGAUCUGCCUUUAACUUGAGCGUCUCGGCGGAAUGCCCAGUUCCCUACACUCGUCUAAUUGAGUUCCAAACCCCUGGCUGCGGCCCGCAGUUCUUCAUGCGGUUUAAGUUGCACUUCGUCCCUGACCAACAUCCCAUCCUGGCUUUCUGUAACGCCAGCGGCAAAAUCUAUUUUUGGGACUUUGAGCAGAUCACCGGAUUCCACGAUUAUGUCAACGCUCUCAGAAGGCCGAGGAGAGACGGCGAGGAGCCCGUAUCGAAACCAACCUGGCUGAACGCAAUCACUCACAGAAGCACUGGCAAUGCCAAGUCGGGGCUGACUGUCAGGGAGAGGAAGGCGGCUGACAAGGUCCAUCGCACGGAACUCGAGCAGGUACCCGAGUUGAAGGGCCGCUUCAACCAAGAGACACUGGAUAUGUGGAAUGGUAAAUACGGCGUCAGCAACCCCCAAGUGCCCCUGAAGCCCCACAAGAUUGAAAACUGUGGCGCGUCGACGUUUGUGGGUAGACAAGUGGCGUGGAGCCCGGGAGGCCAGUGGUGUGUCGUCGUGGGCAGCUCCAACUUCGCCUUGGUGCUGCAGAGAUGGGCGCCGUCCAAGAAGGAUGCAUGAAAGGAAGAACAGGCUGGAAUAGAAUUGCGCCUAGAGAGUAAGUGGUGGGGGGGGGGGGCUAGGGAUGAAGGCUUGUGCCAACUUCUGGUACCUCAAACUAUUCAGAAAAAUGCCGACGACCACUUCUAGAUAGCCGUGCGGUACUCUCUAAUAGGAAGCGAUGAGAAGACUGGCAAGAUGGGGCCCUCGUCGUGGUCGGCCGGAGCCAUCAUCUCUUGAACAAACGCAUCAGGCCGUCCGCCGUGCUCCGCCAUUUUCUGAAAGCUGCUACGCGCGUUGUUUCUCUCGGCAUCGCGCCGUAACCUCGCCUCGGCCACCUGGCCCUCCGCCUCGGCGAACGCUGGAAUAAGCAAGUCGCCGAUGUACAGCGACACCAUCCCCCGUAGCCGUAGAAGCUCGUGACUAUGUGAAAACGGCCGGUCCUCGAGCAAGUCGUCCAUGCGGCCCGCUAUCUCACGCAGUGCGUCCAGCGUCCGCAGGCGGAUCUGGUCCCUUGCCUGGCACAGCCGGCGAUCCCGUGGGUCGGGCUGCCAGCCGGUUGCCUUGUAGUCGGAGUCGUCCACUAUCAUGCCGUGGAUGUCGAUGUCGCCGCCGCCGCCGAGUGACGAGGGCUCUUGCCACGAGUCGUCUUCCCACUCCUCGGCCUCGCGAUGCAGGCGCUGGAGAUGUGCUGCGUGCUGCUUGUGCACCUGGAAGACCUCGUAGCUCAGCAGCGCAGGCCAGAAGUCGACAGCCGAGACGGCGGCGCGGUACUUGAAGUUGUACGGGUAGCGCUGGAUGAGGUCUUGGAAGUACUCGCGAACGCGGGGAACGUUUGACGCUGGGUACAUUUCCCCUGCACCGGGUGCACCGUCGUGAGCGCUGAUGGAACUGCCGCCCUCGCGCAUGAGGAUUUCGGCGCCUAGGGCCCAGUAGUUGUUCCGUCUGAUGUCGACCGGCUUCCCGUGGACGUGGGAUCUCACGAGCAUUCCAAAGGCGCGCUUGGCAUCGGCCACGCGGCCCUGAUCAAGGAACCCAUAGAUGGCGCGGACCAAGGGCCGGAAGGGCGACUUCUCGGAGGCGUACUUGGCCUUGGUCUCCCCAUCCCUUUUCCUACGCCGCGGCUUCUCGUUGUCAUUGUCGCCGUUACCCAAGCGCAUUUCCUCGUCUUCCUCUUCAUCGUCAACGUCGCUGCUUGCCACAACCUUGGCGGUCGUGACGGGUCCUCCUCGGCUCCGCGCUUUCGAGUCUUGCCACGCGCGGUGCGGAAACCUGGGCUGUGUCCGCGAUGGUGGCUGGUCCGUCUCGGCGAGGCCAGCAAGGCGGAGCUGACGCAAAACGGAGGGUGGAUGGCUUAGAGGGUUGAUAGAGUCGCUGGGAAGCUGAGAACCAAAGCGGGUGCCUUGGUUAUCACUCAAGGACAUGGCCGAGGCGGAUCUCUUGCGGCUGGGGGCCGAUUGGCUCAUCAUCGCGUGUCGCCGUCGAUGGUUCGAAAUGAUAUGGUGUGAGUUUUCCCAGCAGAAACUAAGUUUUGAUCAUGCAAAGUAUGUAUAUUUGAGAUGACUGUAUAACGUCUGUCUUCGCUUCGUGUUUUGAGAGGGAACCAACCGGUAGAGUGCGUAGGUCGUUCAAAAGGUGUAAGUUGUGAGAAGCAGUAAUGGUAGGUGAGAGAAUUCGGU